AUGACUGAAGAGCUUGUGCCACUAGAUUAUUUAUUAAAUCCUAAACAGUUCGAAAAAACAUUUUUCAUCAAAGAGAACUAUGCAAGUCUAAGGCAGAUUGCAUUAGACGGCUAUUUAGGAUUAUUGCACAACCGAUUUAUAAGCUGAAGAAUUUUCCUAGGGAUUUUUCCAGAGCAUGAGUCAGUUGAAAACUGGAUUUUAAUUACCCAAAAGCUUCGAAUAGAAUAUGCAAAUUUAAAAGAAAUCCAUGGAGUAUUUACUAAUUAGAAAGCCCCAGUUAAAGACUUAGAUCCAUUGAUUUUCAACCCAUUAUCGCAGGAUCCAGAUGUAAAAAAUAUAUAGAACCCUUGGAAUAAUUACCAUCAAGACUUCCAAUUAAGGCAAACUAUUAGACAAGACGUAGAAAGAGCUUAUCAAGACAGAUUGCUAUUCCAGAUGGAGCCUAUCAAAGAAAUCAUGACAAAUGCAUUGUUCACAUGGUGCAAGCUAAAUCAAAAUAUUUCAUAUAAACUAACUCCCCCCCCCCCUCCGUGAGCGAACAAAAAAAUUUUGUUCGCUCACGGAGGGGGGUUAUUUUUUUUUUUAAAAAAAAAAAUUUAUAUAUAAAUUUUAUAAAAAAUAUUUUUUUCGAAAUUUAAAAAAAUCCUAAUUUGCAAAAAUUGGGAAGCAAAUAUUAAUUUAAUUUGCAAAAUUUAUGUUUUAAAACGCAAUUUGUUUAAAAUUAAACAGAAUUAGCUCUAAAUUUCAUUAUACUAAUUAUCACUUAUAUAUCAAAAUUUUUUUCCAUUAAAAUUUUUUCUAUUAAAAAAAAUUUUGUUCACUCACGGAGGGUGGGUUUUUGGUCAAAAAAUGGCGAUUUUUCUAAUGGUUUUGUUCGCUCACGGAGGGGGGGGGGGGAGUAAGUUAAGGUUAAAAAUUAAGCUAGCCAUAAGCAGGAUAGACUCAAUUUCUUUACCUCGUCUUGGUUUCAAAAAGCCAGUAUCUAUAAACCUCAGAGUUCAUAUCAGGAAAAUGAAGGUACAAUUUUGGAUUUUCCGAUCUGAACUGCCUGCCUCAAAAAUAAGAUCUCUAGGGUAGAGCCGUCUUCUGAAAGGUGGUGUGAUACCGAUGAGGAGAAAGUAUAUGGUAGGAAAAACCUGACAAGCCUAAACAGGAACGGAAAAGCUUUCGAAAUAGAAAAAACCCUAUUCUGCAUUCCCAGACCUGAAGACCUACUUCAAAAGUGACAUAGGCACCACUUUCGGCUUCAUCGAUAUGAUCCUACCUGCUCCAUAGGUGUGCGCCUUGGACUCCUUCAUCCAUCAUUGCCACCAUCUAUUUCUCCUAUAAACAAGGAAUGCAUGAAUUAUUAGGACUUGUGCUAUUUGUUGUGUACUCAGAGCAGGCACAAAGGAUAUCAGAGAUUUCUGAAGACGCUGCACAAUGUUUGAAUAUUUUAAAUGACCCAAAUUAUAUAGAAGCAGACACAUAUUGGAUUUUCAAACAGAUUAUGGAGCUAGGAAUGAUGGAAAUGUUUCAGCCAGUGGUUAGCAAUAAGCCUAAUUCUCAAAAAGAUAAAUUAUUUGCAUGGGAAGCAGAAAAGAAUGAUUUAGUAAAUCAAGAUAAAAGUAAUGAAGAAAAUGCAUCCCCAAUUCUAAAACGAUGCCACAAAAUCCAUCAUAGACUAUUAAGAGCUAUUGACAGAGACCUUUAUAACCACUUAGAAGAAGAAAAAAUCGAGCCACAAAUUUAUCUGCAAAGAUAUAUAAGGUGUAUGCUAAGUCGAGAAUUAAGUUUUCCCAAUACAAUUAUAAUAUGGGAUUCUAUAUUUGCUUGCAUAGGCUGGGAUUAUCCAAACGAAAGCGAAACAAUUACAGGUAAAUUAGAUUUUGUAAACCAUUUAGGACUUUUAGACCUAGUUUGUGUCGCAAUGAUUAUCUUUGUAAAAGAUUUUCUAAUGGAAAGUGAUAGUACUGGGAUCAUGAGAAGACUGCUAAAAUUUCCACCUGUUGGAGAAAUUUAUAUAAUAAUUAGGAUGGCUUUAUCCUAUAAAGAAAUUUUAUUUGAUGGAAGACUAAAUGAUCCAGUAUGGCCAAUCAGACCAAGAAACCAUCCUCCUGAAAUUGAAGAAUUCAAGCAUCAUAGUUUGGAAGAGAAUUUCGAAAGAAAUGAAGAAAGUAAAGAAAAAAAGCAUAAAAAAAUAAAUAUCAAGAAUAUGGAAAAAAUAAAGAAAAGGAAAAAUGAUAAUGAAAUGGUAAAAAUUGUCCAUUCUGUCAUAGAGACAUUGUAUGAGCAAAUAGAAAUAUCAGAAUUUAAUGAAGAAAAAACUGCAAGAGGGAUGGAGCUAUUGAAUCAAUUAAAAGUUGAAAUUAAUAAAGAAAUCAAGAAAAGGCAGGAUCAGUUGGCUUUAAUUAAAUAA